GAGACCCCUUCUGCGUUGUGGAUAAGCAAUGAAUAGCACAACUUUCGUCUGUAAUCCUAUGGACGCUCUGCCAUUAUUACCCUCCUCUCAGUUGCUGUUUCCGAAUAACGCCAUCAAUUUCAGGCAUAGGAUCUCCAUUCGUGUAAAACCCACUUCUCAGGGUUCGUGUAGAUGGCGAAUCCGAGCCACUGCCGAAAACGGAGCUUCAUCGGCGUCGACCUCGCAGAUCGACAUGGUGAGGAACAGGGAGGGGGUUUUUACCGCCAAACAAAGCAAGGUUGUUGUGCUUUGGGAUCUCGAUAAUAAGCCCCCUCGUGGGCCGCCAUACGAGGCGGCUAUGGCGCUGAAACGAGUGGCGCAACGCUUCGGCCAAGUGGUCGACAUGUCGGCUUACGCCAAUCGCCACGCUUUUAUCCAUUUGCCGCAAUGGGUUGUUGAAGAACGCCGCGAGCGUCGGCAAUUGGACAUUCUUGAGCGCAAAGGGUUGUUCACGCCGUCCGAAUCGUACGUCUGCGGGGUCUGCGGUCGCAAGUGCAAAACAAACCUAGACCUCAAGAAGCAUUUCAAGCAACUUCAUGAACGCGAGCGCCAGAAGAAAUUGAACAGAAUGAGGUCUCUCAAGGGCAAAAAGCGGCAGCGUUAUAAGGAAAAGUUCGUAUCUGGGAACCACAAGUACAAUGAAGCAGCCAGGUCUCUGAUUACUCCAAAAGUUGGGUAUGGGCUGGCCUCAGAAUUGAGACGUGCUGGGGUUUUUGUGAAAACAGUGGAGGAUAAGCCACAGGCGGCUGAUUGGGCUUUGAAGAGGCAGAUGCAACACUCGAUGAGUCGUGGUAUUGAUUGGAUGUUUCUUGUUUCCGAUGAUUCGGAUUUUUCAGAGAUGUUAAGGAAGGCUAAGGAGGCUAAUUUGGGAACUGUGGUGGUGGGAGAUCGUGAUAGAGCAUUGGGUAGGCACGCAGAUUUAUGGGUCCCAUGGAUGGGGGUUGAAAAUGGGGAUGUUACAGAGGAGGAUUUGGUGCCCAAAAGAUGGAGGACGAGGAGAACCCAAGAGGAUUUUGAUGAAGACGAUGGUUUUUCAGUUUCUCGUUAUUAUGGAGAGGCUGAAAGUGGUAGUGAUUUGGAGAGUGUAGUGCAAGAGCUUGCUUCCGCCAGUACAGAGUUGAAUGGCUUUAGAAUUUCUGCUUUCUCAGAGGGGGAAGAUGAUGAUGAAUGGGUUGAAGACGAAGUGGCAUCUGACUAUCUGCUAGAGAUGAGUGACGAGGAAGAUGGGUAUUUCUGAUAAUACAUUUCAUUUGUAAAUUGUACAAUUUUUCUAAAGUUCACUCAUUUUAAUGGUGAAGUUGAUGCUGUCCUGGUUGCAUCAUCUGUUCAUAAUCCAGCGCCGCGCCCCAAUCUUCCAAUCCCAGCCGUGUGGCUACUUGGCAUCCACACUUGAAGGUUCAAAUUUUCCAUUACCAACAUUUACCUUGUUUCCAAUAUGUGUGUGUAAUGUAAAAUCGACGGAAUGCUCUGUUUGUCCAAGAUGAUUUGAUAUGUUGUGAAACGAUCUUCCAUCUAAUAUAAAAAUCAUAUGGGUGUUCCUGUUGAACUGGGGGCCGCUGCAUAUGCUCCAAAUUUAGCUUUCUGUCA